AUGGAUAUUAUGGUCGACUGCCACUUCUCUCCCUCCGACCUGUUUUAUGAUCAUUCUUGCCUCUCGUCGCCCGAGGAGGCAGAGUUUGCGGAUGAGUUUGAGCACGGCGCACUUGCGUUUCGAGAUGAUAAACUGGAGUCCCGCGAGCCUGAAGAAGAGAAACAUGUCAGGGCCCCGAGCAGCCACCACCAGGCUGGGGGCCACUGUCUCCUCUGGGCUUGCAAAGCCUGCAAACGUAAAAGCUCCAGCACUGACAGGAGAAAGGCGGCCACCAUGAGGGAAAGGAGGAGGCUUAAGAAAGUGAACCAGGCGUUCGAGACGCUGAAGAGGUGCACCAGCUCCAAUCCGAGCCAGAGGCUGCCUAAAGUGGAGAUUCUGAGGAACGCGAUCAGUUACAUCGAGAGUCUUCAGGAGCUCCUGAGGGAACAAGUGGCGAAUUACUACAGCCUCCCAGACAAUGUCAACUCAGAGCCAGGAAGUCCCACGUCCAACUGCUCGGACGAAAUGAUGGGAUGCAACAGCCCCGUCUGGUCUAGGAGGAACAUCAGUUUUGACCGCAUUUAUUGUUCGGAAUUACAGAACGUUUGUUCCAGCAGCCGAGGUGUGUCAGUUUCCAGUCUGGACUACCUGUCUAACAUAGUGGAGCGGAUUUCACCUUCCCUGGAGCGCUGUCCUGUUUCAGGUCAGGACGGAAGGACCAUAUCUCCGCCUGUCAGCGAUUCCUCGCAGCCCACCACUCCUAGCCAGCCGGUAUAUCACGUUCUCUAA